AUGGCUUGCACCACGUGGCCGGAGAAGGGGUUGGCACUGGGGCGGCAGCGCAAGGUACUUUUGCGUGCCCGCGUGCUUGACAACCUCAACCAUCCCGCCGCCGGCGUCGAGGAAGAGCGGGACCUCGUCUGCUGCAACGAGACCGCAAUUGCCAAGCCGAGCCUGCCACCGGCACAUGACCGCUUCCAGCGCAGCGUUGAAGAGCAUUGGACUAAUCACGUCACCCUGUCUGGCCCCGCGUUCUAUGGCGAAUUGGCAGCUGUCCACAAGGCUGAAGAGGCGCUGACGGACAUCACGCUGCAGGUCCUUGCCUACCGGGGCCCCCGGCUGGCGUGCCCACUGCUCCUCGGCCGCGUGCUGCGGGGUGCGAUGCCCGUCGGCGGGCAGGGCGAGCAGCUGCGCCGCACCACUUCGAUCCAGGGCGGCGGCGCGCAGGCGCGAAGGCAGCUGCUCGUCGCAUAUCGCGUGGCUCCGGUGCGGUCCGCGCGCAGCCUGCUCGUGGCUUUCCCGCGGCCGCCCUUGGGCCCUCUCGCGGGGGCGGCCGUUCCCAAUCAGGACCUCGGACUGUACAUGCGGCGGGAGCUCGGCGUGCACGAUCUGCAGGCCUUCUCCACCUGCGUGCUGUGCAAGUCGGGGAGCGCCAGCUUGCGGCCCACCAAGUCUGGCAGGUGCGAGAUUAAGGUCCUUCACUGCCUUCACUCAGUGUGCGGUGGCUGCCUGGAGGAGUACCUCCAACACGACAGGGAGGUCUUGUGCCCGAUCUGCGACGCGAUCACCCUCGAGCGCAACUACGACAGGUACCUCUGCAACUUCGCCGAACACCAGGGUAUUGACUACCUCACCUGCGAGCAGCAGAAGAGGAUCGCCUGCGAGGAGUGCGUGGAGAGCGCCGACGCAAUUGCCCCACCGAUCAGCCCGAUGAGCAUGCGUCUGCUGAGGCAGUGCGUCCGCAGCUUGUGCAGUGAGUGCAGCGAGCACCACAGGCGCGCCAAGACCACCAUCAUGCACUCCCUCAUCACCCUGCGGGAACGGAAGGAGAUCAACAUGCACAGAGCGGCCACGUGCCCCAUCCACCAGGGCCUUCCGCACGAAUUCUUCUGUCUGGAUUGCAGUGUGAUGUGCUGUCGCGAGUGCAUCUUGGCUGAUCACGAGAAUCACAGCUACCAGUUGCCUGCGUCAGGCCUCGUGGAGAAGGAGCUGCGUGCAUUUUGCGCGUAA